AUCUUACGCAAUCUUCAAUUUGACGAGUCAUGGUAUCUGUAUUUAUACCGCGGGAAAAACGAAGAUGGCAGACAGAUGAUUUGAAAUUCAGGUUGCUAUUUACAUUUUAUCACAUAAACCACUUAAAAUGGAAAACAUUGUCAAAAACGACAUGGACUUGCUGAGACCAAAUGACGGAGACGUUUAUCUUGUUGCUUAUCCUAAAGCAGGUGUGACUUGGAUGACUGAAAUAGUGACAGCAAUUUACCGAGAAUACGCUCUCGAGAAUCUCAACUGUGCUUCUGAAUUUGACAACGCUGUGAGAGCUCAUGCUUUCUGUGAAGUCUGUCCAAUGUCUCGACGAGUCUCAGGUGACAAAAAUAAAAAAGUUAUUGGCUACGAUGCCAAUGGAAACGAAAUAUUUGAAAAUGAAUAUGAAAAGAGGCGACGUAUUGUCAGUCUCCAUUUUCCGGCCGAAAGAAUGGGAAAAAUGAUGCCAGAUGCUUUCAAUAAUGCUAACGUUAAGAUGAUAUACAUCGCUAGAAAUCCAAAAGACAUCGCCGUUUCUUAUUACCACUUCCAUUGUAUGAAUGAUGUUUUACCAACACCCAAUUCCUGGCAAGAAUUUCUAGAUGAUUUUACAAAUGGAUCUGUGAGAUGGGGAUCCUGGUUCGAUCACGUUCGUGGUUGGUGGAGAAAACAUGAAGAAAUGAUUUCAGAAAAUAAAUCACAGUUACUCUGGCUCACGUUUGAAUCUUUGAAGAAGGAUUUAAAAAGUGAAAUGAGAAAAAUUUGUGAACAUCUUGGACUUGAGUUAUCAGAGGAAGGAUUGGAUAUGGCGGUUAAACGAUGUACAUUUGCAUCUAUGAAAGCAGAUCCAAACAGGAAUCACAGCAAAAACAAGAUUUUCAAAGGGGAUUUCUUGAGAAAAGGCAAAGUUGGUGAUUGGAAAAGCAAGUUCACAGACGAACAAAACACACAAUUCAAUUUAGCCUUGGCGAAUCAUUUGAAAGAAGAUUUUUCAACAUUAACCAGAAAUUUUACUGUGGGAGAAAGAAUUAAAUAAUUUGCAAGAAUAAUUUUUGUGAAUAACAUUUUGUAAAGAUUUACAUUGAAUUUUUACACGUAUAAUGCAUAUAUAUAUAUGUUAUUUAUUUGAUACAAUGCUGUGUUGUAUAUUUCGCUUUCAUGUUUGUACGACUGACGACGCAGAACAUAUGUGCCUGUUUAGUUUGAAUAUUAUGCUAUUAAGCUUUCAUUUCUAUAUUUCUAAAUACAUGUGAUUGGCUGCAUCAAAGGUUGAUAAAUCAUAAUGUUGUCGUAUCUUUAUACUGAGUUGUUGCCAUUUUAGCCCACAAUGCAUUAUGUAAUAUAUAGUUAGACAGGCUUUU